GCGGGGUAGAGAAGUGGGAGGUGGGCUUUUAGGUGGCAAAGGAAAGACUCCAAAGUUGCCAUUUUGCUGUUGAGCACCAAGAGAGAAAGACAGUACCUGUUUCUCCGUGGGACAACACUCAUACUGGUGGUGAACAAUGGGUGACUGGAGUUUCCUCGGAAACAUCUUGGAGGAGGUGAAUGAGCACUCCACAGUUAUUGGCAGAGUCUGGCUUACUGUGCUUUUCAUCUUCCGGAUUCUCAUCCUUGGCACUGCUGCAGAGUUUGUGUGGGGGGAUGAGCAGUCUGACUUCGUCUGCAACACUCAGCAGCCCGGCUGCGAAAAUGUCUGCUACGACGAAGCCUUCCCCAUCUCCCACAUCCGCCUCUGGGUCCUGCAGAUCAUCUUUGUGUCCACUCCAUCUCUGAUGUACGUGGGACAUGCUGUGCAUUACGUGCGCAUGGAGGAGAAGCGGAAGGACCGCGAGGCAGAAGAGCUGUGUCAACAGUCCCGGAGCAACGGCUGUGAGAGGGGCACGCUGGCCCCGGAUCAGGCCAGCAUCAGGAAGAGUAGCAGCAGCAGCAAAGGCACCAAAAAGUUCCGGCUGGAAGGGACUCUGCUGAGGACCUACAUCUGCCACAUCAUCUUCAAGACCCUUUUUGAGGUGGGCUUCAUCGUGGGCCACUACUUCCUGUAUGGUUUCCGGAUCCUGCCCCUCUAUCGCUGCAGCCGGUGGCCCUGCCCCAACGUGGUAGAUUGCUUUGUGUCCCGGCCCACUGAGAAAACCAUCUUCAUCUUGUUCAUGUUGUCUGUGGCCUCUGUGUCCCUCUUCCUCAAUAUCAUGGAGAUGAGCCACCUGGGUCUGAAGGGGAUCCGGUCUGCCUUCAAGAGGCCUGUAGAGCAGCCACUGGGAGAAAUUCCUGAGAAAUCUAUCCACUCCAUUGCUGUCUCUUCCAUCCAGAAAGCCAAGGGUUACCAGCUGCUAGAAGAAGAGAAAAUCGUGUCCCACUAUUUUCCUUUGACCGAAGUUGGGAUGGUGGAGACCAGUCCACUUUCUGCCAAACCUUUUAGUCAGUUGGAAGAGAAGAUCAGCACAGGACCCCUUGCUGAUGUUUCCCGAGGUUACCAAGAGACACUGCCUUCUUAUGCUCAAGUGGGGGCACAGGAAGUGGAGGGAGAGGAGCAGCCUGUAGAGGAGGCAGCAGAACCAGAAAUGGAAGAGAAGAAGCCAGAAGCAGAGAAGGUGACCUUGGAAGUGCAGGAGGCCCUGGCAGAGCCAGAUGGGGAGAGACCAGGGACCCCUGGAGUGGGAAAGGAGGGUGAAAAAGAAGAGCUUCAGGCUGAGACAGUAACCAAGCAAGGGCUGUCAACAGAGAAAACACCUUCAUUGUGUCCAGAGCUGACUGCUGAUGACACCAGACCCCUGAGCAGGCUGAGCAAAGCCAGUAGCCGGGCCAGGUCAGAUGAUCUAACCAUAUGAAGAAAGGAAAAGAAAAAGAGAAAACCAAAAGAAAAAAACCUCCCACCCCCCAGCUAAUCUAGGGCAACAUAAAACCAAAAAAGGUGCCAACAUGCUUUGAGCGUGCUGUCCCCUCCAGUUCUCUACCCCUGAUUGGACAGAUGCUGCAAUGAAACAGGGCAUGCUGUGCAACUAGGAAACUGCCUUUCCUGUAUUUUAAGGGUUACCAAGGUAAACACAUUGUUCCCUCAAAGUUCCCAGUCUCAUACGACUAGCCUGUUCCUCUAUCCCAACUCUCUAGGGGAUAUUGUUUUCCUUUCCAUUUCUCCAUGGAAAUUCUUCCAAUCAGAACGGCAAGAGGCAGCUUACCUUAGACCCUUUUACCAGUCUUGUCUCAAGCUCAUUAAUUCAGACAAACUGUAUGGCCCCAGCAUUACUCUUGCAGAUACUAUGUGAUCAUAGACCAGGGAUCACAAACUCAAUUGCCUAUAUGAUCCCAUAGCAAUCAGUUUAAAUUGGUGAAGCAGGCCUGCUUUAAUGUAGUGGAAAGGGCCAGGGCCAUGAAAAUUGAAGAUUGGGGAAGCCACUAGCCGGUUCUAGGUCAUAAUUACCCUGAAGUGUUAUUCUGCCAUCUGAUUUUUCAAGCAAAGUCACAAAUUCAAAGUUUUCAUUGAAAUUUCCAAAAAAAUAAAUGUUGGCAACUAUUUUAAAUAUACCACUUGGGACAAAUAAAAUUUUGUGUCCUAGCCAAAUUUAACUUGUGGGGUACCAGUUUUCAAGGUUAGCUUACAUUAAUGAGCCCAGUUUUCCUGCAGAGUUGGUAACAUUAUCUACAGCCCCGACUUAUAUAUGUGGCUUCUAAGCCUCAUGUUACCACUUCAGAGUCUUUAGUUUAAAGCAUCAGUUCAGGAGAUGCUCAGGGUUCUUACUGACCUUUCUUUUAGUCACUGUAGCUCCUAGGUCCUGAAGCAAUGAUAUCCUUGUUUGUAGAAGGAAUUCUUCAUGGCCACCUUCAGAGAAGUAGCAAGACACCAAAACUUGUCUCUGUGAAAUUAAAAGGCUUUGAGCUUUGAGACUUUGUCAUACUUUUCCUCCCUGAAUUAACAAUGACCCUUUUUUAAAGUUCUCCUCUUCCACCAUCAGUGCUUAUCCUGCAAUCUGAAUCUUUUAUCAGGAGCUGGGAGCAAGGCCAGUUUAGAGCUGAAGAUCACCUGAUCAAGGGCUACCCUGAGCAGAGUCAGUUGUCAGGCCUUCCUUAGGCACAAGACAAGUACCACAAUAGCCAUCAGAGUUUCACUACGGGGGUGCCUAUAAGCUGAGUACUCAGACAGUUAGGUUCUAGUCCCAGGCCAAACUAUCCCUGAAAGAGAGAGAAAGGCAUCUCAUAAGCCCCUUCCCUGAACCCCCACGACUAAUUCACCUCAGUAUAGAGUCCAGUCAGGAUAAGUCCUCAAGAACACGUACAUAGUUUAUACUGAUACACUUUUACCUAAAACUGACCAAUUUCCCAUACAGACAGAAAGUAGGAUGAUUCAUCUAAAGCAAAGUCAUGCCUCAUGUACUACAGUGCUGAGGAUAGGGUAGUAGGCGUAGAAAUCAAGUUUGACAUGGCAGAGACCUGGACAAGAGACCAUCAGGAAAAAAAAAAAAGGUACCCAGAAAACUGCUAUUCUAUCUUCUGCCCUGCCGCCACCAUUCCAAAGUACGGAAGUCUCUUUCACUACAUUCUGUGUAUCGCCUUCCUUUUAACAUAUUCAUUCUAGAUGUGUUUUUCCAAAGCAAGCCUUCUCUAAAACUAUUCCUCCCAAUUACAGGCAAUAUUUCCCUUCCUUGAUGCACCAUUCUAAAGCAAAAUGAUCAAAAAAUUAAAUUCAUUCUAAGGCAUAGUCUACCGCCAUACCAUUCUGAAAGCACCCACUCUCAUCCAAAACAUAAUCUUUUGAUAAUCACACCUAGGAAAUUUUCAUUUAAAAGAGAAAGUCUGAAAUAAAUUUUACCUGACACUCAAAAUGACAACUUUCAAUGAAAGAUCGUGUAAACUAUGGACAAUUGAAUAGAAGAGAUAUAGUUAUCUUCUAGAUAUGUGACUUUCUGGCUACUCCUUGCAGGUAACAUUAUUUCAACACAAACCUUGACAUGCUUGGUUGAGAAACAUGACAAAAUCCCAAGCCUGAGAACCAAAGAGUGCCUCCUUGACCCCAAAGGCUGAACUACUGCUCCUACAAUUUCCUUCCAUUUUAGAGACAGCCAUCAUGACCACUACUAGAAAAUAAAGUGUCUAUCUCAACUGUGAAUACAAAACAGAAACUAUACACUACUCUAAGUGAAACUGCAGGUGCUGUUUGGAACCAGUUCCAGAACUGUGAGUGAGGGCUACUGGUCUCCUUGUCUUGCUGGUACAUAAGAGUGUGUGUCUUUCCUCAGAGGAAGCAGCCUGCUUCAGUGCUUAUAACUGCUCUGCUCCACAACAAGUACUGUUUCUUCUCUUCGUCGUCCAAAAAAAGAACUGUUUUGAAAAACACUGACACAGGCAUCAGGGACUUGGAUUUUUUUCUAUUUCUGCCUUUCGUAGCCAUGUUACUAUUGUCUCUUAACCUCUCUAUACCUCAGUUUUCUGUCUACAAACUAGAGAUGGCAUUUACCACCUACCUACCUCCACGGGUAUCAUAAGGACUAAUGAGUUGGCUGCCAUGCCUGGAGCCUGCCAAGUGAUGCCACUCCCUGAGAGAUUCCUCCAAUAGCAAUAAGAUUGAGAAGAAGGGCCUGUGGGUAAUCUCCAUCUUGCCCCUGUCGGCCUGCCUGACCAUUACCUGGUGAGAGUUUUUCAAUGUGGAAUAAAUUCUGCACAUUGGUUUUCUCAGAGAAGACUCAAAACAAAAUCUCAACUUUGUACGUUUAGUAGGAACCUGAGACUCUUUGACCCUAAGAAAUUACUGAAGGUGAAUUGGCAAAUACUUUCAUCCUCUGCAAUAAGGAAUAAGGUGGCCCAUCUUAAGCUGCCAAACAGCUGCUGCCAGGGUCCAUUUAGAGGGCGCUGCAUAUCUAUGCUGUAGGCAGCUUCCUCUCAGCACUUGUUUUAAAAAAAAAAAUUAUGACUGAUUUGGGGAUUAUAAUCCCCAUGGGAUUCAUUAAGUCUGGCUUCAGUUUCUGCUUCCUAUCAGUCUCUUGUUAGAUAAACCUGGAGAGUAUAUAGCCAUACCAGUAAAAGCAUACUAUACAGCUGGACAUCAGAAAUGUGGCUCCUUCCAGAGAAGGACUAACCACUUUGUAGAAGUUAUAGCAUCUCCAUCAGGAGAGAUUUGUGACCAGGAGGGAUAGAGUUACUCAAAGUUCACUUAGGAAAUUUCAAGCUUGGUCACUUCUUUAAAAAAAAAAAAAAAAAAGCCAUUUUUUCACCAUUUAUGACCCUUGUCAUACAGGUGAAGCUUCCAAAACAGCAUUGGAUAAAUGCUUCUCAAAGUUUAUAUGUGCUAGAGAACCACAAAGAAUAUUGAUAUUGGAAUCAGGAGUGCUGGCUGCCCCUUACUGACACUGGCGAUGCCAAUCUGUGACUUGGCCACUCUAUGUGACAAUUUUCUUGCUAUUAUUUGGGAAUAAUAAAGUAUUAGAGGUAUUUUCAAACACUAAUUUGGAAAAAAAAGGAAAAGACAUUCUCCAAAUUUAUAAAUCUGUAUUGUACAAUGUACACAAGAUAAAUCCAUACAGUAAAAUAUACUCUUUUAAAUACUGCACAGAUUAACUAAAAUAACGAUUAAAAGUACGAUAAUAUAUAAAAUGAGGGCAAUAAAAUUAGAGUAAUCUGAAUUCUGAGGAUUAUACUACAAACAAAGAACAAACGUGAGGAUUAGUUGCUGGAGUGGUACUGAAGGUACUCAGCUUACCAAAGCCCAUGGAUAGCGAUACAUCAGCCUAUGAUAGACUCUGAUUCACAAUCUGAAGGAGUUCAUGGAUACUGAAAAAAGUGUCAUGUACAAACUCUCACCCAAGCCAUGUGGAAGCCCAACUACAAGACUGAAGCAGACUACAUUCCUCUCUAAUUUUUGAGGAGGGUUAUUAAUCCUCCAUAGGGUAAAAAUUAGUCCAAGAUCCCAAUAACAUCUUCCAUCCCACUACCCUAACCUGCUCAUCUCUUUCUCCCCUGACCUUGAAUUACUUUUCUAUGCAUAUCAUGUACAAAUGAUUGCAUAUCUCAAGUUAGCAAAGUCUAGAUCAAUAAGGUUUGCUUGGUUGGAUGGAAAAAUUGAGUGUAAAUAUAAUCUGUAAAAUAUAGUGUGUGCCUCAAAGUAAGGGUGAGAUAGACAGGGAGAUUUUUCCCUUCUCUAAAAUAUUGUAUUAUAACUAAAUAUGUUCUUUGAGAAGGGAAGAAAACAAGGAUUCUAUUUCCAGCCAUUUGGUUACAGAAAAAAAUUAUAUCAAAGAUAAUUCACUCUCCAUCGCCUUAGACGCUGAAGCUCCUAAAGCCAAGGAGAGGAUGAGAUUCAGAUCUGACAGUAGCCAGGAAGUAGCCAUGGGACAUAUUUUAGCCUCUAACCUCACCGUCUUUUAGAAGUUUUCCAAAUUAGAAAACAAAUUCUAAAAGAAUUCAUAAAUUUGUCUGGAGAGAAAAGCAGAUGGUCUCAUUGCCUUUUCUGUACAUUUUUCUAUCUGAAAAAUAAAGAGUAAAGAUUCAGCUAUAAAACGCAUUCAUAACAAACUUCAUAGGGAAAUCACUAGUAAAAGAGAGGUAUUAUUGGAAUAGUGCCCCUAUGUUUCCAGCCCUUCCCAUUGGUAUGUUAGAGCUAAGUUACAUGUUAGACUGUUACAAAACAAAUAAAACUAACUUGACUCUUAA